AUGUCUCCUAGCUCUUACUCUUCAUCACCCGUGCGCGAAAGAAACAAGGUAUCGGCCAUGGAGGUUCAACCAUUCGACCAGGAAGCCUUUGACGCAGCCGCGAUAGAGGAGAGCACUGAUGAAAUCAAGGGCACUGGUCAAACCAUCCACUGGAGCAAUUGUGAUCGUGCAUUCCAAAAGAAAUGUCAAGGCGGCGUUUGGCUGGGCAUGCCUAAGGAGGGAGGUUGGGUGAAGGUCGAUCCGGGCUUUUCUGUUUAUUUUGUGAGGGGCUACAAGGGCGAGGUCAGAACGGCGGAUGCGGCAUAAGCUCCAUUGAUGAAGAAGUGGGUUUGUAAGGACCCUCACACGUUGAAUCUUAUGGUUUUUAUUCAAGUUUCAAUUCACCGACGUGAAAUAUUCAAGAGUAACCACUGAUUUGAUUGGUUUUGAUGUCAAUCUUCUCGACGCAAUUAGGUGC